AUGAUACCAUUCACAGCGAUAAAUAAAGAUAAAUAUCCCCUUAAUUCUGAGAAGAGAAAACAUGAAUUGGAAAAGUUAAAAGUUGAUAUAAAUAUACAAAGAGAUGAUCUCAGAAAGUUUUUGAGUGAAGAUGAAAUGGUUCAAAUUGCCACUCUUAAAUGUGCAUGGAUCAUUGCAAGACGAAAGAAAUGUUUUAGUGAUGCAGAAAUGGUUAAAGAAGUCCUCAUUAGCGUGGCUGAAUUGCUUGCUUUCGAUUUUAAUGAAAAAGAAAAGCAAAAGUUGACCCAAAGAACAUUGAUGAUGCCGCUGAGCAGACAAACGGCAACUAGAAGAAUAGUAAAUUUAUCUGAAAACAUAAAACAACAACUUAAAACAGACUUGAACUCUUGCUUGGCAUUUAGCCUAGCACUCGAUGAAUCAACAGACAUGAGAGACAUAGCAUAUCUUUGCAUCUGGAUAAGAUACAUAACUGAUAAAUUUGUUGUCAGAGAAGAACUAUUAGCUUUAACUCCACUGAAAGACCGCACUCGUGGCUGUGAUAUUCUUGAGGCUGUUAAAAAAGAAUGUACACAGUUUGAAUUGAACAUGGAAAAAUUGAGUUCAAUUGCCACAAAUGGGGCGCCCUCAAUGAAAGGAAAAAAAGAAGGGUUUUGUGCUUUGUUCAAGGCAAAUGAGGACAUUGAUGUACCUACCUUUCAUUGUAUCAUUCACCAAGAAAGUUUAUGUUGUGAAGUGUGGAAGUCAGGUGAAUUACAUCAAGUAAUGCAAGAGGUUAUCAAAAUUGUGAAUUUUCUCCGUACUCGUGCAUUAAAUCAUCGGCAAUUUAUAGGAUAUUUAGAACAUAUUGAAACAGAAUAUGGAGACUUAGUUUACUUUAAUGCUGUAAGAUGGCUGAGUCGUGGUAAUGUACUUAAGAGGUUUACUGCUUUGUUACCUGAUAUAAAGACCUUUCUUGAACUGAAGGGGUCGGAGAAUCCAAACUUGGAUGACCCACAGUGGCUCACACGAUUAUAUUUUCUCACAGAUUUAACAAGCCACAUGAACUCAUUGAAUCUCAAGUUGCAAGGUAAGGCAAAAAUGAUAGCAGAUUUGUUCAGAGAAAUACAAAUAUUUAGGUCAAAACUGGAUAUGUGGAUUGAGCAAAUACAAGAGAGGGAUUUAAAUCACUUUCCAACAUUAAAGCGUCUUGAGCCUGAUGAAGUUAUUGAUUUUGGUUAUUUAGAAGAAGUUAGAAUUUAG